CCCAGAGUAGAGACUCGUAAAACCACAAAAGCGGCGUCGUCUUUAGCAUUUCACCUUCGCGCGUUUGCAAUUCGGAGGGGAAGGAAUGGGAAGCCAAAUCCCUAUGAUUAGUGAUCGCACAAGGGUAAUUUGGACAGCAGCUAUGGAGCAUUAUUUUAUUGAUCUUAUGUUGGAUCAACUUCACAGGGGGAAUAGAUUGGGCCAUACGUUCAACAAACAAGCUUGGACUGAUAUGAUGACUUUGCUGAAUGCGAAAUUCGGGACUAGAUAUGAUAGAGAUACCUUGAAAAGUCAUUAUUCAAUUUUGUGGAAGCAAUAUAAUGAUGUAAAGAAUCUUCUCGAACAGAAUGGAUUUUAUUGGGAUGAUACCCGUAAAAUGGUGAUAGCUGAUGAACAUGUUUGGGAUGCUUAUAUCAAGGCCAAUCCUGAUGUGCAAGCCUUUAGAAAUAGAGCUUUGACAUACUUUGAUAAUUUGUGCUAUAUUUAUGGAUAUACACAAGCAGAUGGAAGAUACAGCCGCUCAAGUCAUGAUAUAGACUUAGAUGAUGAUGUUCAAGUAGUGCAUACUGGUUUUGAAAUAGGUAGCAUUGCCCCUGAAAGUCGUGAGCCUGCCAAAAAAGCAGAGUGGACACUGGCAAUGGACCAAUAUUUUAUUGACCUUAUGUUGGAUCAAGUAAGAAAGGGCAGUACAAGAAAACAUGGAUUCUCCAAACAAGCAUGGAAAGAGAUGCUCAUCUUGUUCAAUGCAAAAUUUUGUUCGCAAUAUCACAAAAGGUUUUUAAGGUACCGGUAUAAGAAAUUAUUCAAGUAUUAUGCAGAUCUAAGGACUUUACUUAAUCAAAAAGGAUUUUCUUGGGAUGAAAAACGACAAAUGAUAGUUGCUGAUGAUAGUCUUUGGGAUAAGUAUGUCAAGGCAUAUCCCCAUGCAUGUUCAUACAGAAACAGGACGUUGCUGAACUAUCAAGAUUUGGAGUUGAUAUAUGCAUACGGGACCAAAAAUGGUCCUUCAGUUCAUAUUUGCCAAGAUAAAAAUCUGAAGGACUAUGUCUUUCAAGUCAAGACAGGUGAAGAGAAGGAAGGCUAUUCAUCUGCUGGAAGUGAUGGUUUUGGAGCAGUUUGGACACCAAUAAUGGAUUGUUAUCUCCUUGACCUGUUGCUAGACCAAGCUCUUAGAGGGAAUAAGAUUGGUCUUUCAUUCAUAAGCGAGGCUUGGAUGGAAAUGGUUACUGUGUUUAAUCAUAAAUUCAAAUCUCAUUAUGAUGUAGAUGUUUUGAAGAAACGUCACAAACAUUUAAGAUGGCAGUAUAACGACAUAAAGAUUCUUCUAGAACAGAAUGGCUUUUUUUGGGAUGAUAUGCAAGAAAUGUUAAUAGCUGAAGAUUAUGUUUGGGAUUCUUAUGUUGAGGCACAUCCUGAUGCUCAAUUAUACAGAAAUAAAUCCGUGCCAAGCUAUCACAAGCUAUGUGUUAUAUAUGGCCAAGAAAGUUCCAAUGGGAGGUCCGGGCAUUUGGCUGACAGUGUAGAUAUAAGGAGCGCAGACCCAGAUUUGAUGAUUGGAGAAGACCUCCAAUUCUAUGUAGAUAGAGAUUGUUCAAGGACAGAUUGGACACCAUUGAUGGACCGUCAUCUUAUUGACCUUAUGUUAGAGCAAGUGCAGAGUGGGAAUAGGAUUGGUUACACUUUCAAGAAUGAAGCAUGGAUAGAUAUGGCUGUCUCAUUUGUUGAAAGAUUUGGAUUAAAGUAUGACAAAGAUCUUUUGAAGGUUCAUCAUAAAAGUUUAGAGAAGCAAUAUUAUGCUAUGAAAAAUCUUCUUGAACACAGAGGGUUUUCUUGGGAUGAAAGACGACAGAUGGUCACAGCAUAUGGUGAUGUAUGGGAUGCAUAUAUCAAGGAACACCCAGAUGCAAAAUCAUACAAAACCAAACCCACACCAAAUUAUUAUGAUUUGUGCUUGAUUUAUGGGAAUUCAACUUCUAAUGGAAUGGCCAACCGAUUUAGUCAAGAUCUUGACUGUAAUGGUCAUGGAGCCAAAUCAAACAAUGGCUACUGCUCGAGGACUGAUUGGACUCUUCCAAUGGACCGUUAUUUCAUUGAUCUAAUGCUACAGCAAGUUCGUCAGGGGUCUCUGAUUGAUCAGAAAUUCAGCAAACAAGCCUGGGCUGACAUGGUCGCAAAGUUUAGGGCAGAAUUCGGGUCUCAAUAUAGUAAAGAUGUUUUAAAGAGUCGUUAUAUUAACUUGAGGAAGCGAUUCAUUGACAUGAAAAAUUUACUUGAUCAGAGUGGAUUUUGUUGGAAUGAAAUGCGACAGAUGAUAGUUGCCAAUCGUGAUUUGUGGGAUGCUUAUGUGAAGGUUUACCCUGAUGCACAGCCAUACCGCAAUAGAACCCUCCCAAAUUACAAUGACUUGUUCUUGAUAUAUGGAAAUGCCAACACAGACAUGGGGGAAAACCAUUUUAGUCAGUCUAUGGAAACUGACUAUGCUGUAGGAGUAAAAAUUGGCGAAGAGGAUGAUCAAUACCCUGAUAAUAGUAGUUCUCCAAGAAUACAUUGGACAAAGACGAUGGACAGAUGCUUUAUAGACCUUAUGUUGGAGCAGGUGCAUAGAGGGAAUAAGAUUGGUCACAGAUUUAGUGAUCAAGCUUGGGCCUGGAUAGUUGCAUCAUUCAAUGAACAAUUUGGCUUUAUAUGUGACAGAGAAGUAUUGGAAGAACGGUAUUUUAGCUUGAUGAAUGAAUGUAACAGCAUCUCAAACCUUCUCAGUCCGAAUUGCUUUAUGUGGGAUGACAUUCAGCAAACAAUGAUUUCUGAUGAUGAUGUUUGGGAAGCUCAUAUAAAGGAGCAUCCAGAUGCUGUCACAUACGAAGAGAGAAACUUAAGUAAUUAUAAUGAUUUGCAUAUGAUUUAUGGAAACAAAAGUUCCGAUAGAAGAUUAAGCAGUGCGGGUGUAAAAAUUGAGAAUGACGAUAAUAUCUUUAGAGAUUUAUGUACUCCAGCUGCAGAGUUUGACAUAUCAGAGUGGAAGAAAAAGCGGAAAUCUGCAAGUUCAUCAACACGGGCUUGUCCAAGAAAAAUUAAGAAACCCAUGAAGGAGAUACAAGAAACUCCGGAUGAGAUGCCCAGUUUGGUCAAGACAUGGGCAGGUAACAAAGAGAUCAUCGGAGAAUGUAGCUCAAUCAAAAGCGUUGUUGAUGCGCUUCAAGCCGUUCCAGGCAUGGAUGAUGAGACCUUCCUCGAAGCGUGUCAACUUUUAGAAGAUGAGAAAAAAGCCAAGAUGUUUGUUCAAAUGGAUGUCAAUCAGCGGAGGAAGUGGUUAAUAAGAAAGCUCCGCAGGUAGCUUAGCCUUGGCCUUAGCUUUGUAGGUGUGUAGUAUAUAAUUUUGUUGCACUCUAAAACUUCUGAAAAUGUAAUUGUUUCAUAUCUCGGUUCAAUGUUGGUGCAUUUUGUUCAUGAAUGAUGCAUAUUAGUCCUAAUGUUACUGCUAAGGUGUUCUCUAAUCUCUUCAACACGAGAAA